AGCUACACAUGCGCAAUGCAACUUCCUGUAUGCUAAUUGAUGGUGAGGUUGUUUACAUUGACGAUGGAGGACAAAAUAAGAUAAAACAUGUAAAUUAAGUGCUUGUAGACCAGUUGGAUCGUUAAAAAAGAUGGGAAAUACUGCAGUUGUCGCGUCUGGCGUGAAAAAUCAAGCUGACAACAAGGCGAAAGCUCUAUAUCAGCUGGUAGACUUAAAAGGCGGUGGGGAACUAAUCGAGUGUGCUAAACGGGCCGGAUGGACAAAAGAUUAUAGAGAAUUGGAUCAGAAAAUCCUAACUGAGGUGCCAAAGUUUCUGUACAAUAAUGGAGAAGGCAAGAAAAUUCCCAUUGUUGAUUUGGUUAUGAUGAGAAAUAAAGAAAGACAGAAAACAAAGAUCAAAGCUGGGAAGGAAAAACAAGAAAAAGCAAAAGAAUUGGCCAAGAUUGACAUGCACUUAACAGAUGCUGAAGGAAAUUACCUCCACAAUAAACCAGAUCGUAAAUACCGUGAACUUUGCUGGAAGAUAGACGAACUUGGAACCGUAGGCGAGUCAGCCCUCCAUCUGUGUCUACUCAACUCGUCGGCAAUCCAUGCUAACCUAGCCAAGCGACUGCUUCACCACUUUCCUAAACUGAUCAAUGACAUCUACUUGUCAGAGGAGUACUACGGGGAGAAUGCCCUUCACAUGGCGAUAGUUAUCGAAGACCCGUGUAUGGUGAAAUUUUUGCUGGACAAGGGUGCAGACUACCACCAGAGAUGCUAUGGAAACUUUUUCACGCCGGAUGACCAGAAAGACUCGCGCACUGACAGCAUGGACCAUGAAUGGGUUGAUGUUUGUCAGAAAACCAAUUAUGAAGGGCAUGUCUAUUUUGGAGAGUAUCCACUAAGUUUUGCCGCUUGUCUUGGUCAGGAAGAAUGUGUCCGUCUGCUGGUGGCCAAGGGAGCUGACCCAAAUCUACAGGACAGUAACGGCAACACGGUCAUGCAUAUGCUGGUUAUAAUGGACAGGAAGGAGAAGGAGUUGGAAGGAGAGUAUACAUCUAAAAAGGAGAUGUUCGAUAUCUUGUACAGUCUUGGUGGCCGACUCGAUAUUAGAAACAGACAAGGGUUAACUCCCCUUACUUUGGCAGCAAAACUGGCCAGGAAAGAGAUGUAUGAACAUAUAUUAGAGAUAAUCCGGCAGAUCUAUUGGAUUUAUGGAAAUGUCACAUGUGCCGGUUAUCCUUUACCAGAUGUUGACACAAUCUCCGCUUCUGGUGAACUGGAUAAGUUUUCUGUGUUGAAUCUGGUUGUUUAUGGGGAGUCAGAAGGUCACCUUGACAUGAUGGAUGGACUGAUUGUCAAUCUUCUCAAGGAAAAAUGGAAAGUUUUUGCAAGAUUCAGAUUUUACCGUCGGUUUGUUAUAUUCAUUAUCUACUUCCUCUUGUUUGUCGCGGCCUUCAUUUUACGUCCUGGAACAGACCGUUGCCCAGCUACACGUCAGGUAAACUCAAGCAAUGGUAUGCUACAGAAUGUUACGGAAAUUGAUGCCGGGUACCUGCUGAAAGCUUGUUCGACUGAAGAUAAGGUGCGAUUUGCUCUAGAGGUACUGGUGCUUUUCGGAGCAAUAGUGUAUCUAGGGCUAGCAAUGAAGGAAAUAUAUCAUCAAGGCUUCAACAUCUUCUUCACAACACUGAGAGGUGCGCCAACCAAGGCAAUGUUCCUGAUGUCAUGUGUGUUUGUUGUAAUGAUGUUGCCAGGCCGGGCGGCAGCGGCAUAUCAGUAUGAGGAUGUGAUGGGAGUGCUUGCCAUACUGUUUACAGCACCAUAUUUUCUCUUUUUCUGCAGAGGUGUUCGAAUCGUGGGACCAUUUGUGAUCAUGAUUUACAAAAUGAUCAAAGGUGAUCUGAGGCGAUUUUUCAUCAUUUACCUAGUGUUCAUCGUUGGCUUUUCUCAAGCAUUCUAUAUAAGUUUUGUUGGUAGUUCUUGUGAUCCCGAUACUGACCCCUGUGUGUUCGCAAACCCUGUCGAUGCAUUGUUGGGUACAUUUUCUAUGUCCGUUGGUGAUUUUGAGGAUAUCGUUCAGACAUUUCCAUCCUCACGCCACCAAGUCACACUUAGUAUUGUAUUUGUAUUGUACAUGAUCAUGGUCACCCUGCUGCUUGUAAACAUGUUGAUUGCCAUGAUGGGAAAUACAUACCAGCUAGUUGCUGAAACACAGAAGGAAUGGUUCAGACAGUGGGCAAAGAUUGUUCUGGUUGUAGAACAGAGUGUUACAACAAAAGAAAGACAAAAAUAUCAGAUCCGGUACUCGCAGCCUGCCCUUGAUGGACGUCGAGCUUUCCCUAUCCGAUGGUACCAGUCGGAACGAGAAAAAGAGGAGCGCCGUGUGGCGCGUGAAGAGCAGCGACGUAAACAAAAAGAAAAGAUGUCACAGAGUCGCUGGAAGAAAAUGAAGAAGACGGCAAUGUUCACAAAAACUAUUAACCUGAAAGAAGUCAAAGAAGGAAGGCUUAAUGUAUAAAAAAUAUUUUUAAUAUGUUUUUCUUGAUUAGUAAAAAACAUGCUUUUUGUUGAGUUUUUGUCCAAAGUGUUUUACGAUUAAUUUUUAGCGUUUUGCUUCUUUCUUGUUUUUUUGUUAAUAUGAUUUUUUUUGUCCAAAUUUCAAGAUAGAAGUGUUUGCAGGGAAAGCUGUUUCAUACUUUUUAUAAGUGCCUCACUAAUUCUGAAUAGCCUUACAGUAAAGCAUUUCCAUUUGUGAGGAAUGUUACAAAUUGUGGUGUCAGUGAAGAAAAGAAGAAUUGAUACAAAAAAAAAAGUUUGUAUAAAGUCAAAAUGAGUUACAUUUAGUACUUAAAGGUUUGUUAUGACAAAAUUUAUGGACUUCUGAAACUGCUGUUUUAUUUACAGAUAGUUUUUUCAUUUUAAUUGGAAGAUAAUUGGUUAUGUUGAUGAAUUUUUCAUAUUUCAAUAAUGAAUAGUUGAAUUAAUACGUUGUCCAUUUUAUGUUGAAAACCAUUUUGUGUUGAUAUUUUCUUUUACUUGUUUAUAUAUUUGUACGUGUCACAUUAGGAAGAUAUAUUUUUGGUUGUUCAUUUUGAUAAUUUGUUCAUUUCUUGUUAAACGUAUUUAUUCAUGGUUAAAAUAAUAUUUCGUGGGCUGCAUUUCGUGUUGAAAAUCAUUCAAUUUGGUUCAUUUUGUGUAAAAAUACUUUGUGAUUUUGAAGUUAAUAUAUUUAUUUUAUGUUGAAGAUUUUAAGAUAAUUUUAUUGUUACUUAAAUGAGUGAAAUUUUUUGUAUAAAUUAUAUAUUUAAG